AUGAGCAAGAACACGGGCCCGGAUCUCAAGAAGUACAUGGAUAAGACGCUCUGCAUCAAGCUCAAUGGCAGCCGCAAGGUCUCGGGCGUCCUGCGCGGCUUCGACCAGUUCAUGAACAUCACGCUGGAAGAGGCCAUCGAGGAGGUCUCGACGACCGAGGCCAACAAGCUCGGCAUGGUCGUCAUCCGCGGCAACAGCAUCGUCCAAUUCGAAUGCCUCGACCGUAUGUAA